GGGUACUGCAUCAAAGUUUUAUUCUCGGUUCCAGUUAUUAGCUAAACUGUAGCAAUGGCUACUGUUUUGCCACAACAGGACAAUAGCAACACGUACACAUUCUCGAGCCGCCCGAGAGCGCUGCAGGAAAGGAGGAAAUAUCGGCAGGAGCAGCAGCAGCAAUGUCCAGCAGGAUAUUAUGGAAACAUCAUGUAUGACAGAAGGGUAGUACGAGGAAAUACAUAUGCACAGCACACCCUCCCAGCGACAGCCCAGCCUGACCCUAUUGAAAUCCAACGACAGCAUGAAAUUCAGAGGAGGGCAGUGGCCAGGAGGCGAGCUAAAGCACAGCAGCGAACUGGAACCCCGCACCCUGUGGAAGGAAGAAUACAUACAGAAGUACAGACCGAAUUGUAUCUGGAAGAACUCAGUGAUCGCAUAGAAGAAGUUGAUGUUGAUACUCAAACAGAUGCAUUUUUGGAUAAACCACAAACACCCCUCUUUAUCCCUGGAAAAACGGGCAAGGAUGUUGCUACACAGAUUGAAGAAGGAGAACUCUUUGACUUUGACAUUGAAGUGAAACCAUUGUUGGAGGUACUGGUGGGAAAAACUAUUGAACAAGCUCUACUAGAGGUUAUGGAGGAGGAGGAACUGGCCCACCUGCGCGCUUUACAACGUGACUUUGAGGAGCUUCGCAAUGCUGAGCUCGCAGAAGUACAACGUAUGGAAGAGAAGGAGAGACGACACAGAGAGGAAAAGAAACGUCGCAUGGCACAACAGCAGGAAGUGUUAAAGAAGGAAAAGGACACUUCAGAUAAGAUUGCAGCCCGUGCAUUUGCCCAAACAUAUUUAGCUGACCUAAUUCCUACAGUUUUCAGUACUCUUCGGGAUAAUGGUUACUUCUAUGACCCUGUGGAGAGAGAUGUGGAGAAGGUAUUCUUGCCUUGGCUGAUGGAAGAAACAAAGAAAUCGAUAGAGAAGAGAAUUUUGGGAAGGACUAUGUUGGACAUUAUACUUCGUGAUGUGGUUAAUAACAGAAAACAGGCUUUCGCGGAGAUGAAAUCUUAGAAACCAAAAAAAUGGGGAGACAAUACAAGAUCAAUUUGGGUAAAGAAGGAAUGCCAGAAAUUUUAUAUCUUUCACUUCAAUAAACAGUUCUGCUUUUAUAAAUAAACUGUCAAUCUGUGAAAAAAUAGCAGUGUGAUGCUGCUAGUUUACAUUUGUUUCAUAUCUUUAUGUCUAUUUUCAUC